GAGCAUCACAAUCCCGUAUCAUUGAUUUAGCAAUGACCAUACAUUUAAACUAAACACGAAACUUCGCUUUUGACUGCUUCUGUUUUGCUUCUUCAGAUAUAGGCAAUAUGUUAUACGUGUGCCACAAGUGAUCAGAUCGGGUACAAAUUCCAAAUAAUGUCAACAAGAAAAAUAGUGAUUAAUAGUGUUCUAGAUAUACGUUGAACCGUUCAAAGGUUUCAUAUAAAGUAUAUUUUUAUACCGAAAUAUCAAGUGCCUUUUAUUAUUCAAGAAACUCGAAUAUGUUAAGAAUACUUAAUAAUAGUAUUAAACAAAAAACAGAAUACUAUAUUAUCCCAAGAUUUUUAUCUACUUCUGAAAUACACAAGAACUGUAUCCAAAAUGUUGAAAAAACCGCUCCAAGGAAUAAUGAAAAUAGUUCUUUUGUUAUGAAUAUAUUUCGAGGACAAAUAGAACCCAAGCAAAUAUUUCCUUAUCCCAAUGUUUUGAAUGAAGAACAAAGGGAAACCCUACAAAUGUUAGUUGAUCCCACAAUCAAGUUUUUUGAGGAAGUCAAUGAUGCCGCUAAAAAUGAUUUGGAAGAAAAAGUAGAUGAAACAUCUCUUAAAGGUCUCUGGGAUAUGGGGGCAUUUGCUCUUCAAGUACCUCAAGAUAUGGGAGGUCUUGGGCUGACCAACACACAAUAUGCAAGACUUGUAGAAAUUGUUGGAGGGAAUGAUCUAGGUGUCGGCAUUACUCUUGGUGCUCAUCAGUCUAUUGGUUUUAAAGGAAUACUGCUUUUUGGAACAGCAGAACAAAAAGCUAAGUAUUUACCGAGAGUUUCAACAGGGGGUGAAUUUGCUGCAUUUUGUUUGACAGAACCUUCCUCCGGAUCUGAUGCUGGCUCAAUAAAAACAAGAGCAGAAUUGUCUUCAGAUGGUAAGCAUUAUAUCCUCAAUGGUUCAAAAAUUUGGAUAAGUAAUGGUGGACUUGCUGAAAUAAUGACUGUCUUUGCCCAAACACCUGUCCUAAAUAAAAAGACUGGAAAAUUUGUUGAUAAAGUUACUGCUUUCAUUGUUGAACGAUCAUUUGGUGGUGUUACAAAUGGAGCCCCAGAAAAGAAAAUGGGAAUAAAAUGUUCGAAUACUGCAGAGGUUUAUUAUGAUAAUGUCAAAGUUCCUGCCGAGAAUCUUUUGGGUGGAUUGGGAAAUGGUUUCAAAGUUGCUAUGAACAUUUUAAACAAUGGUCGUUUUGGCAUGGCAGCUGCUUUGUCAGGGACCAUGAAGGCAUGCAUAAAAAAAGCAGUUGAUUUUGCAACUCAAAGGAAACAAUUUGGCCAAAGAAUCGACAGUUUUGGUUCUAUUCAAGAAAAAUUAGCUCGCAUGUCUAUGCUUCAUUAUGUAACAGAGUCUAUGGCUUAUAUGAUAUCUGCAAAUAUGGAUAGUGGUUUUAAGGAUUAUCAACUAGAGGCUGCAAUAUCUAAGUGUUUCGCGUCAGAAGCUGCAUGGUAUGUUUGUGAUGAAGCCAUUCAAAUUCUUGGAGGUAUGGGAUACAUGAAAGAAACUGGAUUAGAAAAAGUUAUGAGAGAUUUAAGAAUAUUCAGAAUAUUUGAAGGAACUAAUGAUAUUUUGAGAUUAUUUGUUGCAUUAACCGGAAUUCAGUAUGCUGGAGCACAUUUAAAAGAAUUACAAAAUGCUUUUAAAAAUCCUACUGCUAAUUUAGGUCUCAUUUUUGAAGAAGCUUCCAAGAGAGUAGGCAGAAAAGUUGGGUUAAACUCUCCUCCAGCUAUGAAUCAUCUAGUACAUAAAGAUUUGGUUCCUUAUGCUAAUUUGGUUGCAAAGAACAUAGAUACCUUUAACCAAGCUGUUGAAAUGGUUCUUAUAAAAUAUGGAAGAGGGAUUGUUAACGAACAGUUUAUAUUAAAUCGUUUUGCCAAUGCUACUUUCGAUAUUUACAGUAGUGCUGUUGUACUUUCAAGAGCUAGUAGCUCACUUCAGGAUAAUCUAGAGUCAGCAAAUCAUGAAAAAUUGAUGGCAGAAACAUGGGUACUUGAAGCUUCAGAAAGAGUGAAGAACAAUCUAGAUACCAUAUCAUCGGGUAAACAUUUGGACAACUUUGCAAAAAUGAUCACCAUUUCGAAGAACAUUUGCACAGCAGGAGGAAUUGCACAUAAGAAUCCCUUGAAACUGUAGUAAACUAUUAUUAAUUCACAAUAAUUUAUUAUUGGCGAUCGUGGGUACUUGCAUAUAUGUUUUUUUAUAAAAGAAUACUUUCAUGUAUUAGUAUCAUGUCUAAUAUAUAGAAAUCUGAUCUUAUCAAAUAAUGACUGAAAACGUUCUUUGUUAUCAGCCUUUGUUUUUUAUUAUUUUUAUUUAAUAAAUAAUUCUACAGACUAUAUUAUUCUGUAAAUCUCAGCCAUUUAUGGAAAAGUAUAGCCGUAUAAUUGAAUUGUUUAAGUAUAAUUUAAAAGAAUUGUAGUUUUAAUCUUCAUUAAAUCGUUCGUAAGAUACAGAGACCUAAAA